CAGGCACAGUGUCAUUGCUGGGGCAUGGGGAAAGUUUCAGGGAGGGUCUGAAUUGCUGACUCGGUACAGUCUCUCCAGGAUAUAAACCAGGAGGUGACAGCUCCCUCGUCAUCCACACUCGCCCUGCAACACUGAACACUUGCAAGUUGGGCCAGGCCAGGAUGAGGACAGCACUGUGUGUAGCUACUGUUGUGCUGGGAGCACUGGCAACCUGCUCGAUCCAAGAUGGUGUUUCUGCUGCACCAGCCGGCUCUGUCACUUUCGAUUGCUGUGAGAACUUUAAGACCACUCGCAUUCCUCAUAAACGGCUCGUAAGCUUCACCAGGACGGUUGGCUGCUCCACUCCCUCUAUCAUCUUCACAAACAGGAGGAAGAUGAGAAUUUGUACGAGAGCCAGUGAGAAGUGGGUUCAAAAUGCAGUGGCAUAUCUGGAGAAGAAAUUGGGGAUUGAAAGCUAGAACCUACUUAAAGUACAACCUUUCAAUCCACUGGAAACAUGCGGAGUGUUGAACUCAGAGAUAAUGGGAACUGCAGAUGCUGGAGAAUCCGAGAUAACAAAGUGUGAAGCUGGAUGAACACAGCAGGCCAAGCAGCAUCUUACGAGAUGUGGAGCUGGAUGAACACAGAUUGCCAAGCGGAUGCUGCUUUGCCUGCUGUGUUCAUCCGGCUCCACAAUUUGCUAUCUUGGAGUGUUGAAUUGA